AUUAUAAAAAUCAUUCAAAUGACAAAACCAACUCCAACAAUGGGAUUGCUAUUGGCAUUGCCAGCUAGCCGUGCCAAAUGGCAUUCAGCGGUAUAGUGUGGAUGCUGUUUUAGCUUUGAACUCACCGCACUAGAUAGCUUCAGGUCGAUUUGAUUCCGCACGUAAGCUUUAGAAAUGUGUGCGGUAGUCGGAAGGAGUUCUUAUUCGUUUUCCACUUCGGUAAAUCGAAUGGACGACCCUUCCGUCGUCAUGUGCACAGGAGCGUGGCGUAGAACAUUUUGGCAGCCCUAGGUCUUUAGCUGCGAUGGUGACGUUGCGGUGAUGGCAAGUGGUUAUGCCCCUCAAUAAUAUGUUGAGUAAAAUAUCAUGAUUACAAAAAUAUUUUGAAGAAAGAACAGUAACUGAAAGUUAUAAGUAACAAACAUAAACUUAUUAUGCCUUAAGUCGAGUUAGUUAGUUUUUUUGUAGGGCGAUGUAUGUUUUUAUAAAACGAUCUGAGAAAAUUUUCAAAACAAAUGUAUUACUUAUGAUGCCACAGAUUUGGAAUGGAGCGAGCGCCGUCAGUUUAUUUGCUAUAUCGAAAUUUAAAAACAAGAAGAGACCCACUGAGUUUAUUGCGCCCGUUCUUCUUAUGUCUGUGGCAAAAUUUCUGAAUGGCCAAUAAGUAAUUGCAUAUUCUAUUAUCAAUAAAAAUAUUUGAAUUUGAAUAUAAAACAUCUGCUUAUUGCCAUAUAAAGCAAUAAAAUGUCCUAUCAGUAUAUUGACUUAUAAGGUUUAUAGUAUAAUAAAUGUUUUACUACCUUUGAAUCUUAUAUUGUAUAAUAUAUCGAAAUAUAGUUUUGGCCAUGCCAGAUACAUUUUACUUCAUUUUGUUUGUGUUAACGGGUGUGAACAGUGCGUGGGAGACGAAAAGUCUUUGGGCUGGAGACAAUUUUCAAUUUAGUGAUGCUGCUAAUCAAAGUAUUCGUCAUCACUUACAUGAAUUAAAUAUUGGUUCUAAUAAUGCAUUAUUAAAGUCGUAUAUUCCGUUUCUUUUUAAUUUAUCAGAAGAGCUCAUAUUUACGAUUCAUAAUAACAUUAUUAAAAAUUACGAUUUGAGCGAUGCUGAAAUUAUGACAGUUACAAAUUCCUUUAAAUAUACCAAAUCAGAAUUUAGAAUAAUCUUAAAAGAUUACUUUAAGAAAAUUAUGAUCAAUUUAAAAUACAAUGAUACUAUGAUAUUUUUAUUAGAUUUUACAGAUCUAUCGAACUAUUUAUUGGAAACAUUGAUUGAGAAUAAUCUGAAAGAACUCAAGGGCAGAUUUCUUUUACCUGACGAAUGGUACAAACGCCCGCUGAAAUUUACAAUAUUGCGUCAACAGGUGAAAAUAGUUUUGAAUAUAAUGGAAGAAAAUAUUUGCUCCAACUUGUCGAUAUGUUUUGAUAAUAUUGUAUACAGCGAGUAUGUUAUUGAAUGGUUGCGAUAUUUGUUGAAUGCCGAUAGCAAAAAGUUAAAAAACUUUUUACUUGGAUUAUCCGAUAGUGUGGAGAAUAGUUUACUUUCUAAACUUGAUGCAACAUUUUCCAAUAAGGUUAGAUAUAUUGCUAAAUCUAAUACUACAUACCAGCGAAGUGUUUUAGACUUUUUAGAUGAAGCUCUUAGUGAGCAACAGAUUUUUGGCAUUGUACAAAAUCCACUACAAGAGACAGUGCUAGCAGUGAAGGAUUUGUUUGCCGUAAUCGAUGAGAACUAUGAUCUAAAUAAUGAAAACGAAGCAAAUAUUAACAAAAUUUCGCUGUCAUUUCGUCGAUGGAUUGAUGGAGAAAAAAUUGACAUUAAAACCGUCCUUGAAGCAGUUUUAAAAGAUAUGCAAAUAAAUACAGAAAACUGGCCUCUUAAUGUGCAAAUCAAACUAGGUAUAUUAUGGAAACAAGUAAACAUUAAUAUUUGAUUCAUUGACAUAUUUACCACCUGUUGUUAGAAGAAACAAAAGCUUACGAAGUUCUAUAUUUUGUUAAAUGACUACAAUGGAAUAAUUUAAUUUUUGGAUUUUAUUAAACUAGAUAAACGUUAA